AUGACGACCCUCGACUCACACAUCGUCUACUUCACGAGUAUAACCACUCGUACCGUCACCGCCCCGAAUACGAAUCCCUACCGUCUGCGUCUGCACGCCGCCUCGGUCGAUCACCACCACGGCGCCGCUCCAGCACGCGCCCACAGCCAUGACUUCAACGCCGUGAACCCCGACGAUUUCUACAAGAGCUAUUACCACAACCCGAACCUUGAGUAUAACAGCAACCCCGCUCCCGAGUGUCUACCCAUGGCUACCUCGUCUUCCCACUCGGUCGACCGCGAGCGCGAGCGCGACCGUAGUCUCCCCCGUCGUCCAGUCGCCAUACGUAAUCGAAGCGUACCGCUAUCCAACAACAAUGGCCGAACCCCCUCAAAUACUACUCGCACUGGACUGGGUGUGCCUGCUGCAGCCUCAUCCGGGCGUACCCCGUAUGGAGGAAAGCCUAGCGUCAAGGACCUCAAGCAGCGUUUCGAUCAGAACGGCGAAACCUCAUCUAUUCCUAGUCCCAACGGCGCACCACGAAGGAGGAGAAAUGGGUCUGACAUGUCUGACGCAAGCAAGGACAUGAUGCAUUCAUAUUCGGCCAUCCGAAAUGGCGAAGCAGACCAGCCCGUGGUUCCUGGCGUUGGCUCCACCUCCAAGACGGCGCGGCCACAGAGAUCGAGAUUCGUGGCUGAGGACCAAGUAUCGAGUAACGCGCAAUCGUUCGCUAGUCGCAUUGGCAGGCCCCGAAACAGAAACGGUGCAAACCCUAAUAUUCCUCCAUCCGCUCAGCCACCACCUCCAUCACCAUCAUUCAGUUCCUCACCUUCGGCUCAUUCUUCUCAAGGCCUUCUUUUCGGCGAGAUCCUUCCUGAGCAGUACGACACGUCUGCCUUAGGAUUUGGCAUCGACAGUCUCCGGCCACGAGGUGCAUCCGAAUCCACCACGGCACCCGCCAGUCACCACCAACGAAGUGUAUCACUCACAGAUGCUAAACCCUCGUCGCCCGGAGAUUGGUACCGCGAUGUAGACACGACCUUCGAUUACGUUGAUGUAAAUGCUUCCUCAGACUCUCGGGGUCAUGGUCAGUCGCUCAGUGAUGUCUCGGCGCAGAAACAGCCGGAACUUAACCCUGCCAUCUCUCGAAAAGGCGCCACCCGCAACCCACAAGAUCUGUCUCCUUACAUCAACGACGACAACAACAACAACAACCAGACCUCGACAUCCUCGAGGCUUCCUUUGUCGGUGAAAAGGCUCAACAGCCCGACCAAAUCAUCCAGCCCAGAACCCACAGGUUCAGGCUCGCCUUCGAGCACAAGAAGGCCACUACCCAGCGGGAGAUCACCGAGAGUCACGACGCCAACAUCUCGGAACAAGACGCCAGUGCAAGGCAGAAUCCCUCGCAAAGCAGCUCCUGAACUACCAAACAGCAGGCUCGAGGCGUACAUUGCAGCUCCUCCUCCAAAGCUAUCGCCGCCGUUAAGAAGCUCGCGUCCACGACAAGCCGUCUCCACAGCGUCGACAGCGAGCUCGCGAAUGAAGGCUGUUGACAAGAUGAAGCCCCCUCCGACUCGGGCACAACAACCCAGGAAUCUUUCGACGACACCCGAACCAACAAGACGCAGAAAGAUAUCAGUCGGGCCCAUCGACUUCGAGCAGCGACGAGAGCACAUAAGGCUUGCGUAUAGCAGAUCUCUCCGGGAGAGCCAAGCCUUGGAAGCACGGAAACGAGCGGCGGAACGUCGACGCCAAGAAUUAGAUGCUGCAACAUUGGAAGAGGCGGAGGCACAGCCUUCGGAGGGCGUAGGCUUGGGCCAUGCUCCUCAACCCCCUUCUGCGACAAUUGAGGAAGAAGCAGAUACUGAACAUGCUCGAGAAGAGCCAGCACGAGGUCCAGUACCCGUGGAAAAAGUCGCAAGCCCUGAAAUUGGCAACCUACUAAUAGAUCUGGCCACUGAACCCGCUGCGCAGCUCGUCGCACCCCAAAGCGAGGAAGAGACAGAGACCCGGGCUUCUCAGGCUUCUCCAACACCACCAGCCCCCUUGGCUCCAGCGAUAAUAACCUCAAUCGUCGAGUCCCCUGACCUUGGUCUCCCCGGUAGUUUCCCUACGUCAACGCCGCUCAUGAAUGCCGACGAACCUCCGCCAUCAGCAGUAUCAGCGGCGACAGAGACGACAGAAUUUGACCUUGACACACAGAGACAGUCAUUCAUCCCCCCUGCUUCACCCAAGGAGGCGUCUGUUACGAUGGCGAAGUCACCCGGUUCAGAGUUGUUGGUCAGCAUGCCGUCACGUGCACGAGCCGAGUAUCACUCGCCAUUUGACGAGGUGCCCGACGUACUUGAUGGUGAUGGGGGCUACCACGCCAUCCAGGGAACAAUCAAUCCCCACUACGAGACAGACUACAAUUUUACACACGAGAGGACGCUACAGGACGACACAUCGACAUGCGUUUCAGUGCUCGACGACGAUGAGGAUGAUGGGGAAUGCGAUGAUGACCAGACGGAGAGCAUACCCUUUCCGAGGUUGGACAUGCACGACGACUCCGAGUGCUGCUCUGACUUGGACAGCACACACGAUGUCAUUGCUGGGAGUGCCGGGCAGCAUGGGGAUGCAACCACGGAUGCCUCUGCAGAGGAUACAGACGACCAAGGGAGGACAGAGGACUACAUGUCCGAGUCACUGUUUGGCGAUCGGUUGUUAGAACAUCGAGCGUCUUCAUGUGUCACCGAGUCAGAAACGGGAGACCACGCUGAUCCCGCCCCAUCUGAUCUGGAGCCCCCUGAUUACCAGCUACUGCCGGUUGACACUUCCAGAAACCUAUUGGCACCUCACUCGAGGCCACCUCGAUUGAGUCAACGCUCGCAAUGGACAGACAUCAGUGUAGUAACUCCCAACCUCGCCGAUCUUGCAAAGUCGCCAGCAUUUGAGGGGCCGGGGUCACCAACCUAUGGCUAUGUCACUAUCUUUGGCUCAAGAGUUCUCUCGAGGGACAGCGAUCUGGCACGGCGGGAAGCGGAGACCACACCACAGACCGAACGGGACUCGUACCACUCCGAUCCUUCAGCAAGCUAUUUAGAACAUGAAAUACCCCCAAACCCAGAACAUCCAAAUGAAGAUCUCGCUGCUCAAGCCCUGUCCCCGGCCCCGGUACAAAAUUUACCCCAUAUGCCGUCACCGAACCACGACCCCCCGCCAGUUCCCCUCUCCGCUCCCAGCUCUAGUCUGGAUGAAAGGAAUUCUGGUGCCUUUUACGAUGACCGGCAUCAAUACAGUAGCGACUUUGUGGAUCCAACGCAAGAGGUUGGAGAGUAUAUGCAGCAGGUCGGUACCCCUCAGACCAUGUCAACCGGCUCGAUCAAUGCAUUGGACCGGUACUCUGGCAGUGCUUCGCAGAGAGGAAGUAACAUCUUGCCGGAAAAUCCUGAUGGCGAGGAACCCCUUCCAGACAAGGAACGCCACCGCCUCGUCCAGCGACGAAAUGUGUUGAAGGAACUGAUUGACACGGAAGCUGUGUUCGUAAGAGACAUGAACAUUGUGGAGGAAAUCUACAAAGGCACGGCAGAGGCCUGCCCGAAACUGGACGCGAAUACGGUCAAGCAGAUAUUCCGCAACACAGAUGACAUCAUCGCCUUUCACACUACGUUUCUUGUCCAGAUCAAGGAAGCGGUGGCUAGCGUCUAUGUGCCUAAGAGCAGCAAGUCAGCCCCACCCAGACCCGGUAUGGCAGCCGAAGGCACAGAUCAGACAGAGAUCAGCGAUGCCAAGGACCGUGAUGUUGCUCUGGGGCCAGUCUUUGGUAACAACAUUGACCAGAUGAAGCUGGCCCACGAAGGGUUUUUGCGCAGCAGCGACCUGGCUGCCAAGAGGCUCAUUCAGAUCCAGCAGGACCCCACUGUCAAAGUGUGGUUGAACGAGUGCAACGAGGUGGCCAAGGAAUUCACCGCAGCCUGGGACUUGGACUCGUUGCUCAUUAAGCCCAUGCAGCGUAUCACUAAGUACCCCAACCUCAUUAUCACGAUCCUACAGCAUACACCACAGGACCACCCUGACCGAGAAGCGCUGAUGUCGGCUAAAGAGACCCUCGAGGAGGCUAUCAUUGACAUAAACAAGACCAAGAAGAACUUUGAGCUGGUCGGUCAGAUCGUUGGGCGCAAACGCAAAGAAUCUGAUGUCAGGAACGGAUUCGCUCGCGCUUUUGGAAAACGCGUCGACAAACUGCAGGUGGCGGGCGGCCGGCUGCCUGAGGAUCCAGACUAUACAAAGCUCAACGAGAGGUUUGGCGAUGACUAUCUCCGGUUACAAGUUGUGCUGCGUGAUGUCGAGUUUUACACGCGCCAGGUGUCUUCGUAUGUACGGGAAUUCCUCCAGUAUAUGUCAUCAGUCGAACUGGUCAUGCGACUGCAGCCUGGGCACUACCCCGAGAUCGAAAGCAAGUGGGUCCAGUUCAACAUAUCAAUCCAGGACAUAGAGAAGGUCGCUCUAGAGGACCACCUGGCCCAGGUCAGGAAACAAGUGAUUGAACCCUUUGAGCAGGUCAUCAAGGCCUAUGGGAAUCCGUCCCUGGCCAUGAAAAAGCGACAGAAGCGGCGACUCGACUACGAGCGCAUGGAGCAGUUGAAGCGGAGCGGGAAGAGCAGCGGCGACUCUAAGCUACAAGAGUUGGUAGAGCAGUACGAAGCUCUCAAUGACGCUCUCAAGAAGGAACUUCCCAAGCUCUCAGCAUUGACAGAGAAGGUGGGCAAUAUUUGCCUAGGAAACUUUGUCAAUAUUCAGGCAGCCUGGUACGCCAUGUGGAGCGACAAGAUGAGAUCGGUCCUGGAAGGCCAUCCCAACAUACCAGACCUCGAUGAUAUUGUCUCGACGUUUCAGCAAGACUUUCCGUACAUCGACGAGCAGCUGGCGACCAUUGGUAUCCUCGGACCGCAGGUGUCGUCGGGUCGCCCAUCGCUUUCGACGGCGGCCAGCGCCGAUGAUUCGCUGUCGAAGAAGACGCGCUCGCCCCGACCGUCCGAUGUUGAUACCAUGCGCAGCAGAGGCAUGUCGACGAAUGGAGAAUCGGUGCCUUACCUCCCGACGCCCGAUUUUCGCGACAGCGGGUCCCUCUCCAUGUCACCCACGGGUAAGGGUCUACCGAGCCCCCACCACUACUACUACCGGGAUUACUACACGGGCAUAAUGCCCCAGGCCAGCAGCAGCAGUGCUACCGCGGCAGCUACAGCCCUGAACAUGACGCCAGAGUUAGCAGGGAGCUACCGAUCACUGGCAGCCACGGGCGCCACGGCGCCGACGCGCCCGAGCACCGGGCGCAGCUUUGACUCUGGAGGCAUCGUGCCUAGGCAGAGCACGGACUCGGCGGAUCACCAGCGGCGCGACUCCAACAUGACAUACAACUCGAUGUAUCCGCAGCAGGAGAGCCGGCGCUUCUCGGGCCUAUUCCACUCGGCGCUGCCGCUCCCUGAUGGACCCGACGAUGGCGGUGGCAGCCGAUUGUCGUCGAGGGCAUCAUCGCGCGAGCGCGGAGGUGGACCUGGAGGCGACGGGUACAAUGUGCUUUGGCUGGCAGCGUCGCUAUUUGAGUUCAACAUCGCCACGACCAAGCAUGAGGCUGGGUAUCCUUACCUGACUUACCAGGCCGGCGAGAUCUUCGACGUCAUUGCCGAAAAGGGCGAGUUAUGGUUGGCCAAGAACCAAGACGAUCCAACAGAGCAGGUCGGAUGGAUUUGGUCCAAGCAUUUUGCCAAGUUGGCUGACUUUUCAUAA